AUGUCUAGAAGUCCUCGAAAUCAACAAACUUCACCGAUUCAAAUGUCACCAGCCACAACGCCAACCCCUCCAGUUUCAAGUCCAUUGCCAUCUUCCCCAAGAUCGCCAUCGCCAGUUUGGGAUGAGAAUGAAUACGGACAUCCUCCACAACCUAUUCCAUUCACAGCACAAACUUUAUACUAUGGCAGCUCAAACAAACAACGAUUUGAAAGGAUUGAAUCUUCUGGAAUAUUUGAAGAAGUAAUCUAUAAGCUCACUUGUGAAGCACAUUCUGUAACAACGAGCCAAAGUCAUCAAGUUGCAUCACACGUCAGACUAUCCGGGCGCCACUUCCCAAAAUUGAAUGCUGCUGGUGCUGGAAGACAACAUGUGCAAAGAAGUUGCCAUGUUUGUAGUAAGAAAGAUCGAUCGAAGAGACAAGAGGAGGGAGCUGGUACCGGCACUAAAAACAGAAAUUGGACUCAAUAUCAUUGCCCCAUCUGCAACGUGUUCUUACACGUUGAUCCAUGCUUCGAAUUGUACCACACAGUGGUGGAAUACGACAAAUAG